AUGCAUUACCGCGUGUUUGCAAAUCGCUUUGCUUGCAAUCAACCAUCUUCCUCUCUCUCCGCCUCCAGACGAAAAAACGCUCUCCGUUUCUCUUCCCGACAUCCAAUUCCUCUGUUUUACUUUUACCCUGACCCGUCUCGUUUCUUCAGCCCCGAUCUCCUCUCAGCUCCGUCUCCGGUAACUCAUCUAUCAAAAUCUCAACGACCCACGCGGUUUUAUCGUUUUCCGGGAACAGCGAAACUCAAUAACAACCAGACGUGGCUGACUUUCGCAUCUUCGCCGAUUAAUCUGGCCAACGACGGCGGUUCUUCGAUCAAUUGCAGUGGUGGGUGUUGGGGUAUAAUCCGUGUUACCGGAUUCAAAUUCCAGAUUUUGAAUCCGAUUCGAGUUGCUGUUACCCGAUUUCCGGCGACGCUGAUUUCAAAAAGCCAUUCGCUUUGGAAUAUAAAUGGGAGAUCUCCUGAUGCUCGCUCAUCCUCUUCAUCUCAAGCUUUUAGCAACCGACGAUUGUUAGCCUCCACGGAGAUUUAG